GUCAAGUAGAGAGUAAAAGUUGCCAAUAUCUUUGAUACUCAGUACAACUACAAAGUAGACAAAAAGAUACUUAAGUACAGUAACUAAUUACAUUUACUCAAAUACUUUACAACUCUGCAUUUAUGUUUAUGCACAUAAAUCAUGAGCAAACGUAUCAACAUGGAUUUUCAAGGAUGAGCUGUACACACCACAAACUAGGAAAACCAGUAAUGAGCACAACAGAUCGAAAUGAACCAGCGUCCAGAGACUUCAUAAUCUUUUCUACCCCAGAAUGCAUCUGGGUUUGGAUGCUCAUUUGAGAGGGUUCAUUCCAAUAGAAAUCCCUUUCUAUUUUUCUUGACCUCUGACCCUGAGCAGGAAAACAAUGCCACAUGCCACCAUUUUCAUUUUUUUGUCCACUUGACGCUGCGAAGGUCUAAAUUACCCUUGAGGUUCAUACAAAAGCCUCCCGAAUCUCAGCAGACCACAGACAGAAGAGGAGGAGUCUGGCAACAUAUGAUAGCUGUGGAACAAAAGGAUCUCGCUGUUUGCAUAUUCAUGCAUUUGUGUGUGUUUUAAUCCAUAUUUAGAAGUAACUUCUGUUCCAAAACCUGUUGAGGUUCCUGCCGGUUUAUUGAGUACACCGCAUGUUGCUGUUGCCAUGGUAACUACAGGUGAGGUAAUGGAAUAAGUUAACACUCAAAUGGAAUCUUUCAGGUAAUUGAUUAUUUGGUUAGUAAAUGUGGAGAAAAAAAGCUGGUAGCAAUUUUUAAUAGUUUUCUUUAAGUGAACAAUAAAAGCACUGGGUGCAAUUAAAUCUCUUCCAAUUAAAAGAGACUUUCAGCAGAAGCAGAGACAUGUUCAUUUUUAUCACGCUGUCUUCCACCGCAGACGAACAUGAUCUCAUUAAUAAGACUAUUUGUGUUCCAUCACUUUUAAUUAAAUAUGUUCUCCUUCCAGAACAAACUCUGUAUAGAAGAGAACCAGUGACCGGAGAUGAGCUUUUAAUUUGUCAAAGGAAGUCAUUCCACUGACAUGUUUUUGACAGAUCCACCAGACGAACAGGAAAGUCAUUUCAGGGGCAGAGCAAGUCGAUUUUGAUGAUCGACCAGAGAAACUCAACAGCAACACCUGCACAAUUAACGUUGUUCACUUAUAAAUGAUGGUGUUUUUUUAUCGGUGCACAUCCUUUUUGUUUUAAAUUCAUGAUCCUCUUAAUCUUUAAUCAGAAUAACUUCCCCUGCCUCUUGCAGCAACAUCUAUUAUCUUCUCUGAUGACGAAGGUGGAGCAACCUGUCACUGAAGGUCUGAUUGUGUGGAAACUGAUUCUGUUUCAGAGAAUUCGCUUUAAAGGUCUGAUGUAUUCUUCAUAAGCACGCUCAGAUCUCUCCUGAAGGUUUCACAUGCGCAUAUUAAGAGCAUUUUCUUCUGUUUUUCUGAGAUUGAGGAACUUCUUUUAUCUGUUGUAAUUUCCCCUUCCUUCAACAUCCACUUUAAACUGAAACUAAAUGAGAUUACAGGCUAAAAAAAGGCGUAAACAGGGAUUUCCACGCAUAACCUGGUAUCAAAGUCAGUUCUUCAUGAGAACACAGAGGUGAAAGGAAGAGCAAUGCUUUUGAUGAUCAAGGUGCCAUUUCAGAGGACAAAGAAACAUCUGCAAAUACUGUCAUAAUUAAGUCUGGUCUGAAAUGUAAAAGACAACUCUUCCAAGAAGGACAAAAUGUGAAACUACUUGGAUCGAAUCUUGAUGAAUCUCAAUCAUCAGCAGCAUCAGCGGAAUCGGUCAUACAAUAAUCUACUGAUGAGCACAGAAUCUCAAACUGAAAAACAACAUGAAGAAUUAGUUUUAGACCUUAAAAUGUUUCAUAAUAGUUGAUCUGAUCACAGUGUCAUUGCAUUACACACAUUUAUUUGAACAUACUGCAUAGAUCUCUGCUAUAAAAGUGCAACUAUUAGUAGACCUUUUCUCUUUUUCCAACAGUUCAUGAAGGACGAUGGCAUCUGUAAAAAAGCUGCUUCAUGAUACUCUAGAUGACCUGAAAAAAGAAGAUCUGAAGAGACUUAAGAGUUACUUAAAAGAAGAUGGACCUGUUGGAGCUGGUAAACUGGAGAAGGCUGGUGUCACUGAUAUAGUGGAUAUAAUGAUGGAGCGUUUUGGAGCAGAAGAAGCUGUGAAGAUCACACUGAACAUCCUGAGGAAGAUGAACCAGAACCAGCUGGCUGAAGAGUUACAGAACAACUACACUGAAGGGCAAAAAUCAUUAGGGCCAGCUGAGACACACACAAGAAAACAAGAUGAUUUUUGGCUGCAGGAAUUCAUGAAAACUCACAAAAUGAACAUGAAGGAGAAAGCAGAACACAUUUUUGAGUGUAAAAAGGAAAAUGAAGCACAUCUAAAGGAUGUUUUCACUGAACUCUUCAUUACGGAGGGGGAUCUUAAAGAAGUCAAUCAAGAACAUGAGAUUAUAAGGAUUGAUGAAGCCAUUAAACCCCGUAAAUCACACGACAGACCAAUCAAAUGCAAUGAUGUAUUUAGUCUGAACAAAAAUAAGAAAAAGAUUGUGCUGACCAAAGGCAUCGCUGGCAUUGGAAAAACGGUCUCAGUGCACAAGUUCAUUCUGGACUGGGCAGAAGGAAAAGCCAAUCAGGAUAUAGACUGUAUUUUCCUGCUUCAAUUCCGAAGGAUUAACUGCAUUAAAGACAGAAAAAUCAGUCUGCAUGAGUUUCUACAGAUAUUUGAUCCAGAACUGAAGAAACUGGAAACAACAAAGAUUAGUAAGAUAUAUAGUUGUAAGCUUGCGUUUAUCUUUGAUGGACUGGAUGAGAGUCGACUGACUUUGGAUUUUGACAGUGGAAUGGUGACGAGUGUUGAAGAGCGAUCAUCUGUAGAUGAACUGUUUACAAGUCUGGUCAAUGGGACUCUGCUUCCAUCAGCUCAUGUCUGGGUGACAUCACGACCAGCAGCAGCCAAUCAGAUCCCUCCUGAGUAUGUAGGAUUGUUCACAGAGGUGCGAGGAUUCACUGACCAGCAGAAGGAGGAGUAUUUCAGAAAGAGAAUCAAAGAUGAGACUCAGGCCUCCAGAAUGAUCUCACACAUUAAGAAAUCUCGUAGUCUCUACAUCAUGUGUUACAUUCCUGUGUUCUGUUGGAUCACAGCCACUGUUCUUCAGGAUGUCCCUAUUGAGAACAAUGCAGAGAACAUCAACACGACACUCACUGAAAUGUACAUCCACUUCCUGCUGAUACAGAUGAACAUGAAGAGCCAGAAGCACGACAGAAAAACAGAAAGAGUCCAUACCAAGCUCUUAGAUUCCAAUAAAACAAUGAUUUUGAAGUUAGCUAAGCUAGCAUUUGAACAGCUGAAGAAAGAAAACAUUGUGUUCUAUGAGGAAGAUCUGAAAUCAAGUGGUAUUGAUGUGGAUGAAGACUUUGAGUCCACAGGAAUGCUCACUGAGAUCUUUCAGCAAGAAUCUGUACUUCAUGAGAUGAAGGUCUUCUGCUUUGUGCAUCUGAGUGUUCAAGAGUUCCUCGCUGCAGUGUAUGUGUUCCUCUGCUACCUGAACAGAAACAUGGAUGAGCUGCGUUUUUUCAGUGAAGAAGCACAAAAUGUGGUCAGGCCUGACCACAUCGACAUGCCAGACAAAAAUAUUGCUUUACAUGAUUUACUAAAGAAGGCUGUUAGGAAAGCAAUGCAAAGUCAGAAAGGACAUUUAGAUCUAUUUUUACGGUUUCUGCUGGGAAUUUCACUAGAAUCAAAUCAGAGACUGCUCCAGGGCCUGUUCACAGACACUGAAGACAGCAAAGACAGCGUCACAGAAGUGACCAAACACAUUAAAGAACUAUUACAAAACCAUGAGUUUAUCUCACCUGACACUUCAGUCAACCUGUUCUACUGCUUACUUGAGCUCAAUGACAAUUCAUUUUAUACAGAAAUCCAAAGAUACUUCAGAUCAUCUCCAGAAAGAGAGCUCUCAUCUUCCAUGUGCUCAUUGAUGGCUUAUGUACUGCUGAUGUCAGAGGAGGUGCUGGAUGUGUUCAACCUGAGUAUGUACGACACAUUAGGAAGCCAUAGAAAUCUCCUGCCAGCUGUAAGAUGUUGCAGAAAAGCCAUACUUUACUGGUGUUAUCUCGAUCACACCUGCUCCGAAACUGUGGCUUUGGCCCUGCAGAUACCAAACUCACCCCUGAUAGAGCUGGACAUGAGUCGCAAUGACCUGUGUGACUCAGGAGUGAAGCUGCUCUCUGAUGGACUGAAGAGCCCAAACUGUCAGCUGAAGAUAUUGAGAUUAUCUGACUGUAAGGUGACAGAUGAAGGCUGUGGUUAUCUGGCUUCAGCUCUGCAUUCAAACCCCUCACAUCUGAGAGAGCUGGAUCUGAGCUUCAAUCACCUGGGAAAAUCAGGAGUCAAGAUGCUCUCUGAUCUACUGAAGGAUCCAAACUGCACACUGAACAAACUCAAAUUGGAAGGCUGUGAUCUCACUGGUCAGUGCUGUGAAAUUGUGGCAUCAGCACUACAAUCAUCAAACUCCCGUCUGAUAGAGCUGGACAUGAGUGACAAUAACCUGUAUGAUUCAGGAGUGAAGCUACUCUCUGAUGGACUGAAAAGCUUAAACUGUCAGCUGGAGAUACUGAGAUUAUCUUGGUGUGAGGUGACAGAUGAAGGCUGUGGUUAUCUGGCUUCAGCUCUGCGUUCAAACCCCUCACACCUGACAGAGCUGGAUCUUAGCUUCAAUAACCUGGGAGAAUCAGGAAUCAAGAUGCUCUCUGAUCUACUGAAUGAUUCAAACUGCACUCUGAACAAACUGCAUACUGAGCGAUACGAAUAAUCUCACACUGGAUCCAAACACAGCAGACAUUUGUCUCAUUCUGUCAGAGGAGAACAGAAAUAUGACGCUCGUGUUUGAGGAUCAGCCGUAUCCUGAUCAUCCAGAGAGAUUUGAUGAGUGUCGUCAGGGUCUGUGUAGAGAGAGUCUGACUGGACGCUGUUACUGGAGGAUGAAUGGAGUCAGUCAAUGAAUAUCAGUGACAUAUAAAGGAAUCAGCAGAUGCUGUAAAUUUGGAUUUAAUAAAAUAUCCUGGAGUCUGAACUGUUCUGAUUACAGAUUCACUGUCCGUCACAAUAAUCAGAGGACAUCAUAUCUGCCCCUUCAUCUCCUCUAACAGAGCAGGAGUGUUUCUGGACUGAUCGGCCGGUACUUUGUUCUUCUACAGCGUCUCUGACACUCACACACAUUCAACACAAUCAGUUUAUAUGUUCACUUCUUUUGUUUUGUUCACUGGUUGUCAUACAGUCAUGAUUAUUUACUCUUAUAAUCUUUAAAUGUUUUUGAGGAACAGGAAGGAGUAAUCUGCUGAAAUGUUUCUUCUAUCUUUUUUGUUUUCACUUCUGCUUCACAGUUAGGAUGAUUUCUGAGGUUAGUUAUGAAAGAGCUUUACAGGGACCUCCAUUAAAUCAUCCAUUAUCCAGUUGUACAGAAUAUCAUCUGCUUUUGUGUUUCACCAGAAAGUCAAGAGCACAUUCAUUCAAGCACUAUAAGGAUAAUUUCUGCUCAUUUUUGUGUAGACAGACAGAUCACAAACCACACAUUUUUGUCAUACAGAUGUUCAUAAUUAAUGAUGCAUUUCAUUGUUUUGAUGAAAUGUAAAGAUUUAGAUAUUCAUAUACAGCGGCCUCUAAAAGUAAUUGGGACACGAUAAAACAUUUAUAAAUGUCUUUGCAUUUGUUUUUCAAUCAAAAUAUGAAAUAAUAUAUUGUUUUUGCACUCUCAGGAAAAGCUGUCACUUUCAUAAGAUACAUCUUUAUACUUUGUUUACCCCUUAAAGGUACAAAUUAGUAGUUUUGACAGUCGGGUUCUGGAUAAGGAUACAGAUUUUCCUCUUUAUUCCCACACAGGAAGUCAGCAGAUAUUCAGUGUCACAUGUGUGAAGCAUUUGGCGCAUGAUUUGUUUUCAUCCCACGUUACAGCGCAGACAGAGGAGGCGUUUCAUUGGAAGAGGUGAAUGAGAGAGGACAGCCAUUUAACAAUCAGUGACUGACAGCAUUUCCACCAACACAUCGCUUCAAUUGACCUAAAAUAUGAUCCUCUUACAGUGUCUAGUUUUGUUUUAAAUUCUGUUAAGAAGCCAAGAUGAAGUUUUUUCUUGUAAAACAUACUUCAAUAAUAAUAAUAAAAAAAAAAUCAUUUUAUGUAUUUUAGUUUUAGACCUUUAAAUUUACAGAUGCCAUGAAAUCAAAAGCAUAUUUUUAUGUAUUUUCUGUCUAGUGUAUAUCAUCAUCCGCAGAAUGGCAUGUCAUAUCCAAAUAUAACUCCUCAAAGAUGUAAGAAAGUCAGAACAAAGGGUUUUACAAAGAUUAUUGGAGAAAAUACUCAUUAUACUUCAAAAUUUCACCUUUAAUUCAAUGUGUUACUUGCCAAUUCUUUGUGAAAUUUCCUAGCACCUUGAGUGAAAAUUGUUUCUUCACCAAAAUAUAUGCUAAAGUAUGAUGCUAAACAGGCCUGGUUCUAGGAUUGCGUGACUGGGGGGGCAUUUCGAAAACUUGGUGGGGCAGCAUAAUAUGAUUUAUGAUUCAUAGGUUUAUGAUCCCCCCCCCCACCCCCUUUUAACUACUAAACAGUUUCCUCCAUUUUUCAGAUUUUUUCAGAUUAAUAACAGCUUCAAAUUUAAUAUUAAUCACUGUGAUUCUGAAAUUGAAACAAUAGUACAUUUGUUUUUUGACUGUUUAGUUACAAUUGUUUAAAUAGACUGUUUAGAGACUUUUGGUCUAACAUACGAAUGGCUUAAAAUUACAAUUAAUUUGAUUACUAAAUAUUACAUAACUUUUGGUAUAAUAAUGGAAGAUACACACAUUCAAUUUCUACUGAACAAUAUUUUCAUUUUGGGAAAAUGUUAUAUUCAUGUUAUAUUAAUUUACUGUAAGUUCCUUAAAACAAAGCCAUUGUUUUCUGUUUUUCAGAAAGAAUUUUGGAUUUACUCUAAAUCUUUAAGAAUGGUAAAAUUUAAAAGUGGAAGAAGACAACUUGGUUCAUUGAAGAAAUUUAAACCAUUAGAAGACCUGGUUGCAUGAUUCUUUCCUUUUUCUUAUUUUAUUUAAAGAUCUACUUUUAUUUAGUUCUGUCCUACAAAAGCUUCAUAAAACACUUUCCAGAAGACAAAAUAAAAACAAUUUACCCCCCAACCAUCCUGUGCAAAUGUUUAUACCCCCUGAAUUUUAAUGCAUUGUUUCCUUCUGGAGUAUCAGUAAAUGUUUUCACCAUUUGUAACAGUUGGGUAUGAGAAGAGUCCCAAACAUGGGCCUAAUCAUAAAGAAAAUCAUAAAAACAGUUGUAAAUUAAUGACACACAGUACUGAGAAUAAAUUAAGUGUAUGUAAACUUUUGAACUGCUUAAUUUGUGUAAAGGCAGAUAUUAUAUAUUGUGGGCUAUAUGUAAACAUCUCAUAAUAAUACAUUUUUGUUGCAGUGCCAAAAUUAAAAAAAAAACUAUUUUUGAUCUCACUUAUUUAUUUUUUAAAUUAUUG